CGUGUUUUGGCUUGAACAUGUCCUUCUGUAAUACUCCCUUGGCUUUCUCUUCCCUUUUCUCAGAACUACCGGUCCCUGGCAAUGACAACGUUACACCCGACGCCCCGUCCUCCCGUUCUCUUCCUCUCCAACUUCCCCCGCGCAGAUCCGUGGUCAUACUACAAGCCAAGCUUGGUUACUGGCGACAGGCACCUUUAGCCUGGGGGACAUGGCCUUUUACAGCCCUGCAAGUUCCGAAUCGGAGCUUUUCUCUCUUCGAGACUCUCUCAGACCUCGAUUCCAAGCUCUGAGUGUUGAAAAAGAAGGACAACGAGUGUAGACCGGCAUUGCUGGUCAAGUCUGCAAUAUACUGAUAGAUCUGGAUAGGAAGAAUGAUAUCAUUGGUCCUCCGGUGGCCACCUGGAGAAGCAAUCUAGCGGCUUCCUCCCAGCGGCGCAACCUUCUCUUUGUAGCACAUGUAUCCGAUAUCUAUGUCUGGAUCCCAUCGGGUCCUUUUCAGGCCUUGGGUUCUCAGGCCGAGAUGAUUAUCAAACCAGUCAUGAAGCAACCUCAAGCCGAUGGUUACAUUGAUCCGGCACAUCCACAUACCAUUAAUAAUAUUAUUGUGGAUGAGCUGGGUCGUGACGAAGUUCUGCUGUUGGCAACCGAUUCUGGCAACGUCUGCGGAUACCAUGUCGAAGCAAUCUUCUCCGCCGUGAAGCGAUGCGCCAAAAGCGGAUACAAACGACCCUUUGAUGGUUCCGAAGUGACUCCAUUCUUUGUGGAAAAUGUCGGCAUGAGCGCUUGGGGCCUUGCAACUCACAAGUUUGCCCGUUUGAUUGCCAUUAGUGCCAACACUGGCCAAAUUACGGUCUAUGCCUUUGCCUUGGUAGACCCAUCAUCAGAAGACAUGGAUGAUCCUGCCUCAGAUCCCGAUUCAGAUGGUCUGAAUGCCACCCAGUCUGACCCGACCUGGGUGUCCAUUCAUAAUAUCAAGCAAUUACGGGAAUUACAGAGGUCUAUGCCUCGUAACCACCGUUCACGCAAUCUACGCUUGACAUAUAGGGGUCACUUCGACAACAUCCCACACAUAUCCUUUGCCAACUUUGACUUGGAUUCCAAUGGCUCAUGGAUGGCAAGCACUGAUAUUAGCAACCGGGUCAUAAUCUGGCGUAUCUGGGAUGACCUCGGUCCAUACAGGGUCUACUAUCCUGGCCACCCGUUGAACAAUCCUCCCCAGAGGGGGUGGACUGUCAUACCUCUGGACCCAAGAACCUUCAAACGCCACCAGACGAAAGAGGAUGCAUGCGGAUGUGAGCCAGGCUCGGUGUUACUCGCAUCUAGAACCAUCCUGGAUGUGUCUAGGGCCAUCCAAGGUGUGCGAGAUGCGUCGCAAAUAUUUGUAUUCGGCGCCAUCAACUCCAAACGCCCGCAGAAUCUGAAUCGCCAGGUUCAGUGCUUGCCUGAUACUAUUUUUUCGACUGGGUGUAGGGUAGAGCGGCAUUCUCGAACGCGCUUAGACUCGGAGUCGGAACCCGGAAAAGCGGAUGGUGAUAAGCCCAAGGGUGGUUUCGAAGAGGAUUUGGUCACUGAUUCAGAAUUUGACGAUGUCUCGAGCGAUUCAUCGGACCGGGUGGUACGGAUCAAACGCCCUCUGUCCAGCCUUUAUGAGGAAGAGAGCGACCAGCUCCACGCAUCACCAUGUCUGCACCCAGACUUUGUCUAUGACUUGGAGGGUUUCUCCGACCACAGCUUUAAGCUUUUUACGCAAAGACCUGUGCAUCCCGUCCAUCCUCCGCAAUUCUUCCCCACAAUUCACUUUUCUGAGCACCAUAUCAGCAUGGCACCCUACCCAAUCGACUCGGACUACCACCUCCUUAGUCGAAAUCCUCUAUUCCAGCGCUUCUCUUUCACUGUCGAUAUGAGCUCCGCCUGUGAUCGCUUCAACAUGGUCAAAUAUGUCCCCGAGCUUGGAAUCGUGGUUGCAGCGUCUCAGAAAGGCCGUGUGGCGAUCAUAUCUCUUACUUGGCAAGAAGAAAUUGGCUAUGCAUUUCGCCUCGACUGGAUCGUUCCUUUUCAUACCCAAGAGCGUAGCGAUGAACGGCCUAUGAUCCCACUCCUUGGUAUGGCUGUCGGUCCCAUGCCAGGUUACGAAAUCCCACCGGAUGUCCCCUCCAUCCCGCAUGGCGUUGACCCUGACGAUUGGCUUCAAUUCAACUACCGCAUCCUCAAUCCUGAAGAAGACGACAGUCCUUCUUCGCCCUCAUCUACAACAUCCGACCCUUCUCCAUCCAAACCGUCCGCUCGGCCAGAAUCUUCUCGUGCUACACAUGACUCUCAGUCUGACAACGGCGAUGAGGAUUCUCACUCGCCGUCUGGCUCUGAUUCCGAAUCAGACGAAGCGCCAGAGACACAAUCCAAUACAACAGAAACAACCAAUGACAAAAAUAAUUAUACCCUCCCAGAACUUCACGCCCAUGCCUCACGCGCUUACCAUCCGCCGGAACGCUGGGACGGCUGGCAUCCGUCCCGCCACUACAGAUUGAUGCUACUGUAUUGUGACCACACGGUGAUGAGCUAUGAAUUCUGGCACGACUGGAAGGACUAAAUUACAUUCUUGGUGAUCGUGAACUGGUUUCCGCAUCCCACGUUUUCUUUACUUGCACUUAGGUAGCCGCCUUGUACGAAUAUAAGCAUGUCCCAAAUCUACAACUCUCUUGUAUGAAUUCAGAUUAUUAUUAACAUAUUCUCACUGCAUCGAUCGUGGUCCAGGUAAUAGCUAUCGGGACUCGCAUCAUAUCGUUCUCAUGAUAAGUAUGCACAUGGUGUAAACGUAUACACAACAAAUUGUUCAGAAAUCGCCAGGUAACCAACAGUAGUUAGACAGCAGCAUUAACCGGCAAAAUAAGCUGCGAGACCCCGCCAGAAAUAGUAACAGUGUGCUUCUGAGGGACCGUCGUAUCGCUCCGCAGACGAUCCUCCCCAGUCCCCAGGCUUCUCGCAUACAUUGGAAAAGACCCGCCCGCAAUAAUGAGCCUCACCCUCGUCCCCACGCGGAAUCGAUGGGCACAGUCUUGCAAGUCCAAAACGAGAGGCUGAGACGUGUCGCGAGAGGGAUCAAGUGCCUGAUACAGCUCUGUGAUAUUAUGGGAUACGCCACGGUCAUCGACCUCACUGAUUCGCAGGAACAGGUCUACGAAGGGCGAAUCACUGGCAUGGAUCAGGUGCACAGAUGGAAUACCUAGAAUCUCGAGGUCUUCGGAAAGAGGCUCACUCGUGAAGGCUAGCACGUCUGAUCGGUCUGCAUAGGCGCUGUCGUCUACCCGUCCCCCGGCAGACAUUUGAUUGCCGCCGAUACUGGGAGUAGGUUCCAAGGGAUCGAAGGUGAAAGUUCCUGGACUGACGUCUUGCACAGGCUUCUUGGAUCCGAGACAGUUGCCUUCUUGUAGAUAUAAAGUCUUUGGUUGAGUCGAUGGAGGCCAAGUUGGCAUGGAGCGCCAUUCUUCGGAGCCGGUGACAAAGAUGCGGGCUGGCGGGUUCUUGUAUUUUCCAUUUUUGGCGAGAUGUUCGGAGAGGAAGUCUAGUAUAUCGGGGGUCGAAUGGAUACCCGAGCCUUGAGUGUGCGUCCAUGGGCCAACGAUGAGACUCACAUCCACACCCCGAUCAUGCAGACGCCUGAACUGGUGCAUCGUCUGCAUCGUGAACGUGUCGUACCAACCACCGAUCAGGAGGAUGGGGAUGUUCACGCGCUCGAGGGCGACCGGGUGUCGGCGCGAUGUCCAGUACACAUCCUCAACAUUAGGACGUUGCAAGUACUCGAAUAGCCAUGGAGUCCUAUCACCAAAGUGCUUCUUCAAACUAUCUUCCAACGGUAAGCCAGCGACCGCAUGAUCAAGCUCUGGCGACCGCAAAAAGCUCAAACCAGGAAGUCUAGCAAGUAGCGAGAGGAAACUACCCUUCUCGUCUUCCUUUUUAGACAUCAUAUCACUCCAAGAAGCUCGAUCAAGGCGGAACGAGCCCGUGCCCCACGCAUGCCACCCUUGAUCAUGAGGCCCAACGGCGAUAACCGCAGCGACACAGUCGGGUGGCGGAUCAUGCAAAAGCGCCCACUGGCUGUAGCCAAGAUAAGACGGGCCCAGCGUUGCAAAGGAGCCGUGAUACCAGGGCUGCUGGCGCAUCCACGCCACGAUGUCUUGACUAUCGGACUGUUCAUGAUUGCCGGGAUCGAAUGUCCCACCGGAGCCAUGGGUUCCUCUCGUGCUUACGAAGAGAGCUUGGAAGCCUCGGGCGGCGAAGACACGGGCGUAGAGGAAGGAGAUGCCUGCGCCGCGACCAUAGCAGCACUGGAUCAGGAUGAGACCGGUAGGUGCUUUGCCGUCAGGUAGUUCUGGUUCGUAGAGGUCGGCAGCCAAUUCGACACCGUCUCGUAGGGGAAUUUGAAUGGCUUGGGUGGUGUAACUGCACGUUUCUGGGCCGGCGCCGACGUAGCGGGCUCCAAUGUAGUCUAGAGUGGCUCCUGCAAAGCUGCGCUUCACUGGUGACCCUGCCAUGACGAUCUAUGUACUGUAUGUAUGAUGGGUGAUGGAUUAUGUACUAGGAUAAGCAGCAAGUGCGAGGAUGGAGCGCGACAUGGCUGAUGACAUGGAUGCCUGGACGCCGGGGCCUCCGGGAGGUCGUCGAUCCUGCGAUGGAUCGGGACGAUUGUCCCCC